CUGAGGGCGCACCUGGCUUUGAUCUAGUCCGCUGCUCAGUUAAAGGGCUCUGCUGGGAACGGCCAGGGCUGUGUGUCCUCGGCUCCUCAGGAAGUCACAGAACACCGGUGGCUGGCAUCCUCAAAGCAGCUUGGUGUGAGUGCUAGAAGUGUCAGCGUGGCGGGGUCCUACAUGUGGGGAACUGGGGGCUCAGAAAGCCAACAAAUGCCAGAGCCCUCCUGGAAGCUGAGUGGAUUUCCAGAGAGCCUGCACCAUGAAGAGGAGCGGCACUGCCCUGUCCUUCCUGCUGAGUGAGCGAGUUCGGGAGCCAGCGGAUUCUGGAGCGGCCCCUGCCAGCCCCCUAGGUGGGGGUGUGAUCCGGAGACGUUUCUCGGGGACCCUGCUGCUGCCUCCACUGUCCAGCCGCCUCGGAUCUUCUGGGGAGGCAGAGUCUGGUGCCCGUGUCGUUUUCACCAUCGGAUCUCGAGGGACAGAGAGAAGCCGGGGCUCAAGCAGCUUCGACCUGGAAAAUGGCCUCCGGAGCGGCAGGGCUCCCCUGGACCCUCAGCCGGGGCCCGGUCUCGGCCGCGCCCUCCAGGCCCCUGCCCAGCACGGCCAGCGGCGCGAGUCCUUCCUGUACCGCUCGGACAGCGACCACGAGUCUCCCAAGGCUGUGUCCCGGACUUCCUCGGCGGCCAGCGACCUACACGGAGAAGACAUGAUUGUCACGCCCUUCGCCCAGGUGGGUGUACCUCGCCUCCCCCGAGCACGCAGGGGGUCCUGGCCUCCUCCUACAGCUGAGCACCGCCUUUGCCACAGGUCCUGGCCAGUCUCAGGACGGUCCGCAGCAACGUGGCCGCCCUUACGCUUGGCCCGGGCAGCGCAGCCAGGCGCUCCUAGGGACCCCUCCGGGCAGCAGCCAGCCCGGCGCCCCCGCAGAGGACGCCGGGCUGCGGCUGGCGCGGGAGACGCUGGAGGAGCUGGACUGGUGCCUGGAGCAGCUGGAGACGCUGCAGACGCGGCGCUCGGUGGGCGAGAUGGCGUCCAGCAAGUUCAGGCGCAUGCUCAGUCGCGAGCUGACACACCUGUCGGAAAGCGGCCGCUCAGGAAACCAGGUGUCCGAGUACAUCGCGCGAACCUUCCUCGCCCAGCAGGCCGAGGUGGAGCCUCCGGGGCCGCCCAGGGAGGACGCCCCGCCCGAGUCCCGGAUCACCGGGCUGCGCGCGCCCGGCCCCGCCGGCGUCCCCGCAGCCGCCGUGCCUCGCUUCGGGGUCCAGACAGACCAGGAGGGGCAGCUGGCCAAGGAGCUCGAGGACACCAACAAGUGGGGACUCGACGUGUUCAAAGUGGCCGAGCUGAGCGGGAACCGGCCCCUCACAGCCAUCAUAUUCAGCGUCCUCCAGGAGCGGCACCUGCUCGAGACGUUCCGGAUCCCCGCGGACACGCUGCUGAGGUUCCUGCUCACGCUGGAGGGGCACUACCACGCCGACGUGGCCUACCACAACAGCCUGCACGCGGCCGACGUGGCGCAGUCCGCGCACGUGCUGCUGGCCACACCCGCUCUGCGGUGUUCACGGACCUGGAGGUGCUGGCGGCUCUGUUUGCGUGCGCCAUCCACGAUGUGGACCACCCCGGGGUCUCCAACCAGUUCCUCAUCAACACCCACUCGGAGCUGGCGCUGAUGUACAAUGACAUGUCGGUGCUGGAGAACCAUCACCUGGCCGUGGGCUUCAAGCUCCUGCAGGCGGAGAACUGCGACAUCUUCCGGAACCUCAGCGCCAAGCAGAGACUGAGUCUGCGCAGGAUGGUCAUCGACAUGGUGCUGGCCACAGACAUGUCCAAGCACAUGAGCCUCCUGGCCGACCUCAAGACCAUGGUGGAGACCAAGAAGGUGACGAGCCUUGGCGUCCUGCUCCUGGACAACUACUCGGACCGCAUCCAGGUCCUCCAGAGCCUGGUGCACUGCGCGGACCUCAGCAACCCCGCCAAGCCCCUGCCGCUCUACCGCCGGUGGACCGAGCGCAUCAUGGCGGAGCUCUUCCGCCAGGGCGACCGCGAGCGCGCCGCGGGCCUGGACGUCAGCCCCAUGUGCGACAAGCACACGGCUUCGGUGGAGAAGUCCCAGGUGGGAUUCAUCGACUACAUCGCCCACCCGCUGUGGGAGACGUGGGCUGACCUGGUGCACCCCGACGCCCAGGAGCUGCUGUACACCUUGGAAGACAACAGGGAAUGGUAUCAGAGGAGGGUUCCCCGCAGCCCGGCGCUUGCCGUGGGCCCAGGCAGCCUCCAAUCUGAGCUGACCCUGGAGGAGGAGCAGGAGGAGCAGGAGGAGCAGGAGCACUCAGCACCCAACAGGGACUCCUCAGAGUCAACCAGCACUUAACUCCUGUCCUCCAAGGCUAGCCCAGAGCCCAGGGUGUGCCCUGUCCUGGCAUGGACUGUUAGGUCAGAGCCAGGCCCUCUGGGCACCUGUGAGCAUUGGGGACUUCUCUUUCCACCAGUCAAAGUGGACAGCUGAGCUCAGGCUCGGGGUCCACUCUGACCACAGGCUUGGUUGGAAUGGCACGGUAGGGGGAGGGGCGAGGUGGCUGGAUUGGCACCUCCUGCUGCCUGCCUGUCCUCCUGAGGAUGGACUCACCUUCCGCCUGCGAACAGCUAUGGCACCGGGCUCUUUCUGUGUUUGUUUGUUUGGUUGUUUUCUUUUUGGUGCUGAAGAUGAAAGCCUGGAUUCCCACAGCACCUACCACACUCUGUAUCCUGCCUUAAGAGAGCCUGUCCUGAGGCCCAGAGGGCCCCUUUUGUGGAGUGCAGAUGGACCACCUGCUGAAGUUUGAAGAUUCUUCUGCAGAGACGCCAGUGACCUCCUAGAAGACCCCUGCAGGCCCCAGUAUCCCCACAGGCUGCCCACAUGCUUUACAAAACAAUACUGGUGGGGGACCAACGUGGUUUCCCAGAGAAAGGCAGUGCCAGACAGUUGUGCAGUAAAACCCUGACAAGAUACGGCUCAAACCACCCCUAGACGGCAGCGGUGUGCUCUCCAGGGGGUCCCCAGACUCACUCAGGGGGGUGGGCGGGGAGUGAGGCCACAGGCUGGUCCAGGCUAAGCAGCACGGACAGAAGUGGAAAGGAAAGAGCGCCAGGCCUGGUGGUACAGACCUUUAAUCUCAGCACACAGGAGGCAGAAGCAGGAGGAUCUCUGAGUUCAAGGCCAGCCUGGUCUACAGAGCGAGUUCCAGGACAGUCAGAGCUACAUGGAGACCCUGUCUGAAAAAUCCAAAAUGAUCAAUAAAUAAGUAAAUAAAUAAAUAAGAAAGAGGGGCUAGGGACGUGCUCUGGUGGAGCUUUCCCUGCAGUCCUCUGGGGAAGGGCUGGCGUGGGCUCUGGUCACACGUGCACAGCUUUGAGCUCACUUCUAGCAUGGCAAAAACAGACUAACCCUUGCCAUCCUCAUUCACUUGUGGGGAGACUGAGACCUGAACUGUCUGGUGCCUUCUCACAGCUUCUGGGCAGAGUGGGUGCUGGCUCCUAGUGCUGCCAGGCAGCGUGCCUGCUUCCCUGCCCACAGGGUCUCAGGGUCUCAAGUCCUGAGGUGGGGCUUUCUGUGCAGCCGGGAUGACACUAGUGUUUUUUCUUGCUUUCGCCUUCCAAGCGCUUGGCUGAGGUGACAGGCGUGCGUCAUGUGCCUCUCCUCCCCUGUUCCCUCUGGGCCUGUAACCCUGCCUCCCACCACAGUCUCCAAAGAGCCAGGAGGCGCAGGGUGGCAGGCCACUUCCUCUGUAAAUAUUAUGAUUCCAGCUGUUCCUUCCCCGGAGCCACAAAAAGCCAUCUGGGGUCACACACUGGAACGUUUCCUUCUUCCUUCCAGAUGUUUUGAGUGGUGACUCUCAGAGAUUUCCUGUUAAACACUGUGGGAAACUUUGGAAGUCAUACACAUUUAUAAAGAAAAUAAACCUUUCAGCCAGCAAGAUGGCUCAACGGCACUUGUUGCUAAGCCUAGGACUCUCGUGGUAGCAGGGAAGACUGACUCCCCAGCUUGUCCUCUGACACCCCAUACCCCACACAAAUAAAUGAGAAUGAUUUUAAAAA